UUCAAGAUGGCGUCUUCAAGUUCAAGUAACUCAGCUCUCAUUCAACAACUUGAUCAGAAAUCUCGAGACCUGACAGCMAAAAUUGUUGCUCAUUUGAAGUCCCAAGGAAAUUUUGAUGARUUGAGGAGGGAUUGUUUAGAAGAACUUGAUAAAAUGGAAGCAUUUCGCCAGCUGAAUCAGAGAGUUGAAAGCUAUGUUGCAACGUUUCUGUCCAAGCAAGAAUGGUCAGAAUCGUUGUCCAAAAAUCAAAUUAGAGACAACUUGAGAAAACAUGUUUGUGCGUCUGAUGCCCUAAAGAGUGGUGCACAAAGGCUAGUCAGUCAAGUAUUGGAAAAGAAGAGCAAAUCAUUUCAAACUAGACUAGAGGGUGUUGUACAGAACUAUAUAUACAUGGAAAAGGAAAAACCACAACAUUCCAGAUAUCAAAACAGAUCAGAACCUUCAAGAGCAUUUGAUAAAARUGAAGCUGUUAAAACUUCAACUACUGGGAAAACCUCGGAAACUAUUUCUGAUAUUGAUGAUAUCAUCAGUCAGAUCUCUGGACCUAAAGAAAGUCCUCCAACAACCAAGAUUGAAGGGAGUGCCCUUACGAAAAGUGAAUCCAAGGAAGCAGUGCAUCCAAGCACUUCUAUGCAUCACAGAAGUGACUCCAGUUUUUCUAAACAACAAGCUGCUGGAAGYCUCCCUAAGAGUGAAUCUAGCAGGUUUGAAAGAAAAGGAGAUAGUUCACCAAUUGAUGUUCCCAAAAGCACACCCUCUUCUAAAACGAUUAUGGGUGCUAAGAAAAUUAACCCCAGUAAGCGUGUGACRCCUAAGACGACUAUUUCUCAAAGCACAGGCAAUGCCUCUGAAAAAACUGCAGACUCAAGCAUAAAUGCCAGAACGAAAACCAUUCAUGGUAAGCCAAGCAGCUCACCUAAGAGCCACUCCCMUAAGGUUGAAAGCCCUAGAGAUAGCACUGAUAUUGAAAAACCAGUAACAAGAAUGCCAGAAAAUSUGGCUUCUUUGAAAGCUGAUAUUCACAGAACAUCCCCCUUAAGUAACGUGAGCAAGGGACUUCAUGAGAAGAGUAAAUGCAGUGAAGUAGUUGUUGGACUUCAUGCAAGGCAAAAAGUGGAAGACAAGUAUAUUGAUAGUAGCAAACCUGUGCAAGAGAGCAUAAAGCCUGUUGAAGUGGAAGCACAAGUUGAAGAAAAGCCUUCUGUUGAGACCCACCUUAAAAAAGACCUCCAGGAAAAGACAACCAAAGAUCCACCUUUACUAGAACCCCAGGUCGAGCUAAGUAGAACGAGUGUGGCAUCAUCUGGUGAUGAUGAUGUUAAAGACAUGGCAAAUAAACAUAGUUUGCCAGAAGAUUUAGAAUCAGACAUUGAAUCAGACGUCUCUGAUGUAAGUUCUGUCCACACAAGUGAUUUGUCAYCUUUUGAUGGAGAAAUUAGCUCUGAUUCUUAUCACAGUGAUGAUGAUGAUGACGCCAGAAAAGGGACUAAAAGAGGAACAAGUCAGUCAAAAGGAGAAUCAAAAAGGAAAUGGGAUCAUUCACCUGGUAGUGGAAAAGGUGAAUCAACUAGAGAAAGAAAAAAUAUGAACAGAAGCAAAUCAAAAGGCACCAAARUGCAAUCUCAAAUGCAGAAAAGUGGUACUUCAACCGCAGACACAACAACAAAGCGCAAGAGAGGGAGGCCAAGGAAAGACCGCAGUGAAACAGAAAACAGACAGAGAAGGGAUUUAAAGCAGGACAGAYCAAAGCAGCAGCAGGAGGAACAGGCAGAUAAGGAGUCCAGUGACGGCAUGCCUACUAGGGAUAGAUCAAAACGUCCAAUCAAAAAAAGACGAUGUUACUCACCUAGUAGUGAGGGCAGUAGGGAAGUUUGUCUUCCCUCCAAAAGAUCAAGAGUUAGCUCAAAAGAUUGAAGAUUUUCAGUAAAACAGCACUUAGAUGUAAAACCCAAGAUGAACAUUAUUUGAUAUAUGCUGAUGUAAAUUUAUAAUAUAAURUGUACAAUAUCAGUAGACAGGUGUGGUUUUGUAGUAACUAAUAUUAACUUUAUUCAUGUUAAUAAAUUUGUCUUAGUAGUAAA